CCUGUGUGACAAAAACAGCCGUCACCAUGCCUCAGUCUGCAGAGUCCCACUGUGAGACCAUCUCCACCAACCGCAACUGUACCAUAGAGAUCACCAACGUGAGCUCCGUCUACUGUCUCGUCAACCCAAAAGUUCACAUGGAAAGUGGCUUUGCCUUCAGUCCUCCGCAGCCCACCGUCCGCGCAACCAUGACCGAGCUGUGCUCUUUCACCAAGGACGACAACACAGCGUCGGGCGCCGUGGGCGUCUUGACCUAUGAGCUGUUUGACAUGCGCAACCGCAGCGGCACCGAGCUGAUGGCUGUCAUGUUCUCAGUGCCCUUUGACUACAACCUCUACAAGAACUGGCUGGGAGUGGGCAUCUUUGAGCACAACACAGCCUGCGAUAAGAAGCUGUUUGAGCUCAUGUACAACAGCAAGGAUUUCACCAAGUUUGUGCGGCAGCAGGCCAACGGCUCCGGGCUGAAGUACAGUGGGAAGGUGGUGGACGUCAGGGCCUCCAUGUCUGAUGAGGGCAAGGCUAUUAUUAAACUGGAGCUGUACGACAAGAUGGGCAGAUGA